UGUGACGGCACCGAGUGUGAGCUCUUUCAAGACCAAACUUGACCAACACUGGAGCAGGUUCAGGUAUGGUGAUGCCGAAGGGAUCGAGGGCUCAGGCAGCGUCACCGGUGCUGCUACACAGUGACCUGGACAUGAUGGCCUCUACCCCGCUCUUCGAUGACCAUGAUGACACCUUGGAGGUCGUCCUCUUCGACACAACCGUCGAGUACAUGCCCAAGAGCAAGACAAGGACCCGCACUGCCCUCAACACGGACGCCCAUAUUGAGAGCCUUAAGAAACAGCUGCUGGAAUCUAGCGAGCAGCUGGUUCCUGUAGAGGGACUAUUCCAAGCAGAUUCCGCGGGGAGCUUUGGGCCACCAGGACUCAUGGCCUUGGAUCACAACUGCUACCAAAUGAACGUAGAGCUUGAGUCCCCUUCUGAAGGCCAGACUACAACACCCCCAUGUGACUACCUCUUGCCGGGUCGCCUGGAGGAAGAUUCCUCUUUGGUCUCGGUGUUCCGCGCCCUCAAGUGUAUCGAGGUGGAGGAUGCUCCGCAGGACUCUCGGCUACUGUCCCUGGAGGUCCGUCGGCCACAGCACCCGAGGCAGAUCUCUGGUCUGCGACACCCUUCAGGAUACUCCCCGCUGUCUCAGGAUGUUACCAUUGAUUACUGACCUUGUGAAUACUACCACACAGCUUAGGGUUCUACCACCGCUGCCACAUACAAGUGAUGGUUCUACCACACACAGUCUAUGUAGGAUCCUCCUUUAUUCUUGAUAAUUUUGUCGAAGGCAAGUUCAUGGGGUUCUUUGAUUUCACCGCUUAUAAAAAUGGUCACAUAAGCUCUGAAUGACUUUAUAAUGUGGCUUUACUAAACCAAUAUAAAUAACACUAAAUAAUUGCGUAUUAGUUAGAUAUUGACCAGUGUACUGUACUACAUACGGUUCGCGAUCCUUUAUCAUGGCGACAUACCUUAGAAGGAAUACAUCUGACAAUCCUAAAAACUUAAUAACCAUACGAUUGUUAUUUAUUUACCGUUUACUAGGACCAGUUUGUUUUAAUAGAGCAGAUAAUGCACUUUGGCACGCACUGUAGAAGCACUGAGAAAAUGAAGCUUAAUGCACAGCCAUAGCAGUAUGACACGGUUGACAGUUGCAAUACUGUUUUUCUUCGUUUUGUUCAUUUUCUUUGAGAGAAUCACUGUAAUCUAAUUUAACGAUUUCACAAACGUAAGUGAAUAGUUGUCCAUGUGCUUGUACAAAAAGUUUUUUUGCUUGAGUUUUCCUAAAUCAGAUAAUUGCCUUCACGGUAAGUCAGCUGCCUCUCACUGGAGCAUCUGUCAGACAUUCUCGAAAGCAGAUGAAUUUCUUGAGCAGAUGAUUAGCGAAAACAGUUCACUGACUCACUAAAGGGAAAGUCAUACCGAAUACCUUACUUGAUAUAGAAAGUUAACGCUAUUAUUGAUUGUACAGUAUAUAUUUUCUUUUAUAAGUCCUCUACAAUAUUAACAUUGUACAACUUAAGCAGUUUUUUCCGUUAUACAGUACAUUCUUUUUGUUUAAACUAUUAAUCACUAGUUAUCUAAUUUGUAAAAUAAAAUUCCUUGUAUUGAAAACUGACUUUUUUUUCAUUAAUUCUAAUAAAUAUUUUUAGGGGUAUCUUUUCCUCAUUGUAACUAAUUUUUUCCUCCUGGCAUAUACUGAAUCGGUAUUUGUUUUAUAAAGUGCACACGGUAUAACGAUGACACCUGCAAAUAAAUAUAAUAUCCCACAUUUGCAGUUAUGAACCAAAUAUCCCUUUUCAUUAUAACUUCAAGAUAAACCAAUUAAAUCAUCUUAUUAAAUUUGAAUACUUG